GUUCGUUUUUUAUUUAUUAUUAAAAUGCUAAAAAUCCCCCUGACAAAAUCAAACAAUUUCGGCUGGCCGAGCGAUUGUACCUGGCGAAACCAUUGGCGAAACUGAAAAACAGAAACUGAGAAAUCAGUACACAAUGCGUUGGCCGCGAAAGCACACGUUCGGGUUGUGGCCCAAAAACAGUAGUGGGAAUCGUAAUCGCAGAAAUGGAGAAGCUACUAGCAAAGCCACCACAGUUUCCACCAUUUACGAUCCCAACUGCGAGGAGAAGGAGAAAUACACGGCUCAGAAUGGCGAUGAGUAUUACGGCCAGGUUCACACUGUUGACUUAGAUGUGGCCAGCAAGUAUUCGAAGCCCAAGGAGGCCCACUGGCUGGUGCGGCGCAUCUUCUUCCUCAGCUGGAUCACCAGCUACGAUCGGGAACAGGCCUUCGCUGACUUGAUAGCUGGAAUCACCUUGGGUCUGACCAUCAUUCCGCAGAGCAUCGCCUAUGCCGCUUUGGCAGGACUUUCCUCGGAAUAUGGAUUGUACUCCGCGUUCAUAGGAUCCAUUAUCUAUGUGUUCUUCGGAACGAUACCGCAGGUUUCCAUUGGACCCACCAGCCUGAUGGCCAUACUCACGCUUCAAUUUUGCGCCGAUAAGCCGGUGCAGGUGGUCAUUGUUCUGGCAUUUCUCGCCGGUUUGGUGGAACUGGCCAUGGGUGUGUUUCAACUGGGAUUCAUCGUGAGCUUUAUUCCUGCUCCGGUGACUAAGGCUUUUACCUCGGGCACGGCUGUGAUUGUGGUCUUUGCCCAGAUCAAGAACCUGUUGGGGGUUCGCAUCAAGGGAUUCCCCUCGCUGGUGGACUUUUUCACCAACAUUCGGCCCACGGACGCCGCCAUGGGAGUCUCCUGCAUGGUUGUGCUGCUUUUGUUGAGGCUCCUGUCACAAGUGAAUUUCAAGCAGGACACGGCUGUCACUCGCCGCUUAAAGAAGAUCCUGUGGUACAUUAGUAUAUCUCGCAAUGCUUUGGUCGUCUUUUUCACGGGCCUCAUAGUUUUCAUUUGGGUGAAGAAGAGCUCCAUUGAGGCGGUGCCCUUUGCCCUUUCGGCCAAGGUCUCCUCGGCCAUGCCCACGAUCAAGUUGCCGCCCUUUGCCUUUGAGUAUCAAAACCGCACUUAUGUGUUCACGGAUAUUCUGCAUGAGCUGGGCAGCGGAAUUGUGGUGGUGCCAAUUGUGGCUGUGCUGGCCAAUGUGGCCAUUGCCAAGGCCUUCGUUAAGGAUGGCAAUCUGGAUGCCUCGCAGGAGAUGCUCACUUUGGGCCUUUGCAACAUUGCCGGCUCCUUCUUCAGUGCCAUGCCCACCUGCGGAGCCUUCACCCGUUCGGCGGUGAGUCAGGCCUCGGGAGUAAGGACACCCAUGGCUGGCAUCUACACGGGAUUAAUAGUGCUGUCCGCUUUGAGCAUCCUUACACCCUACUUCCAGUACAUCCCAAAGGCUUCGCUGUCCGCUGUUCUCAUAGCAGCGGUUAUCUUUAUGAUCGAUCUGGCUCCUGUGAAAGAGCUUUGGCAGACGAACAAAAAGGACUUCUUCAGCUGGGUGGGCAGCUUCAUCAUCUGUUUGGUGGCCGGCGUGGAGUUGGGUCUGCUUUUCGGAAUCGUUUUAAGCAUGGUGUUUAUUCUACUGCGCCUGGGAAAUCCCAAAUUUGAAGUUACCUUAAAGCAGCAUGAAUCCACAUACUAUGUGCACAUUGUGCCCCAGUCGGAUGUUUAUUACACUGGCGUGGAUGCUUUGAGGAAUGAGCUUAGACAGGCCUGUAGACUCUAUCAGAAUGAUUUUCCAGUCGUGCUCGAUUGCACACGAUUCAUGCAAUUCGAUGCCACCUUCAGUGAAAUGCUGAUUUCGGUGGCCAAGGAGAUGGGCUCGCACGAUGUCCUGCUGAUCCUGCAGAACAUGAGCUUGAAAGUGCAGCAGAUGCUGCCUGUGAUGGCGAAUGUGCGCUUCUGCCAGGAGGACAGCCAGCUGGCGAGUCAUCUGCAGGUGGAAAAGGAAGCACCUCUGCUGGAGGCCAAACUGUAAUCUAGUUGAUAUCUGUUUGAUCCGGUUAUGAACGACGGACGUCAGAAGAUUUAUCUCCUCACCUGUUAAGCCGCUUGACGUUCGCACGCAAAUUGCGUAAUUAAGCAGCAGCGGCCGCAGUUAGUUAACUACUUUAGAUUUAGGUGUUUAGUUAGCGACUCUUUGUAAAUACUUAUAUGCAUUAUUAAAAUACAGUACUCUUCUACGAAUAUAUCAA